AUGAUUGAGACUCCUAGACUUAUUUGCAUGAUUUGGUGGAUUGCUCUAUUAUUUCAUCCCUUGCAUGCUGACACCUAUUGUACGAAGUUAGAGACACAAGAAUCACCUAUCACAAACUUGACAUUGAACUGGAGAAAAAUGGAACUGUCUUGGGAGAGCAGCAUGAAUUUCUCCGAGUACACUUGUGUUGUGGCCACAAAUAUGUCUUCUGCACAGAAUACGGUGAAGAGUUCACCAUGCCACUUUUCAACAAAGGUAACCUUGCCUCUCCACAAUGGGGCAAAAUUUACUAUUGCGGUACCAAACAUGAACAUCUCUAAAACCUGCAAUUUUUUCCCUGGAGGCAUGCCCGGGACAGCCAUUAGAAAUUUCUCCUGUGUGAUUUACAAUGUCUCCCUUAUGAACUGCACUUGGAGUGCGGGCAGGGAUGCUCCAGGCGAUACCCAGUAUUUUCUCUAUUGGAAGAACUCAAGAGAAGAAGAAGAAACACAAUGUGAGCUUUAUGUUAAAGAUGAAAACGGGAGGCACAAGGGAUGUCAAUUCCAAAAUGUGACUAUAAAAGAUACAACUACUUACUUCAUGGUGAAUGGCUCUAGCAAAGUCUCCCUGAUUCGGUUCUAUGAUGAGUACAUUAGACUGUACAAAAUUGAAAGACUCACUGCUCCAUUAAAUAUCACUGCCAAUUGUACUAGUGAGCCACGAGGUUGCAUUAUUGAGUGGCAAGAACCCCUUACAAGUCAUGUGGAAAAUAAAGAUUGCUUUCAAUAUGAAAUUAACAUAAAAAACAAGGAUGAGCCCAAAGAAGAGAAGAUGAAGCCUUCUGUAAGGAACUACAGAUACGAAUUUCAAAAUUUCAAUGCUAAAAAUAUAUAUAUUUUGAAAAUCAGAGCACGUGGGAAAAGCUGUCUUGUAAACUCAAACUGGGGAGAAUGGAGUGAGCCCAUGGAGUUUGGUCGAAAGAAAGAUGAUUUUAUUUUUGUGAUUUUAAUACUGAUAACACUUGGAAUAAUGGCUGUGACAUUGCUCCAAUUCUUUCUUUGCAAAAGAUACUGCAACUUCAAAAGAAUAUGUUCUCCCAUUCCACAACCAAGAGAUAAAUUCAAUGUACUAACUGAUGAAGAUAUGCAGAAAGAAUAUAUAAAUGCACCCAAAAAAGCUUACAAUGAAGACAUAAUUGUGGUUGAAGAAAUGAUUUAA